AUGUCUCUGCGUCCGUCCACUGCUCCUCUGCGUGCCCCUUUGCCUUCUCCUCCUGAGUCCUCUCUUCCUGCUCUUCCUGACCCGGAGUCGGACUCUCUUCGUGCUGCCAGUCCUACUGUCACGCGUCUCCUUGCUACUGUUGUCACUGACCCUUCCUUUGAGUCCACUGCUGCGUCUGCCCUAGUUACUGAGCUCGUCGACUUUGCUGCUCGCUGUCGUCUAGACUACGCUGCUAGUCUUGUUGCUGAGUCUGAGUCUGUCUGUCCUCCGUCCGUCGGGGGUGAGUGUGCCCUUGGCACGGACGUCCUUGAGGACAGGCAGGAGGAGUUCCAGUGUUUGGCUGCUGCUUCACCUCAUCUCGUGUCCGUACUGCUUACCCCUGAGGGAGACCCGGAUGCACUUGACAUCCCGACUCCGCGCUCUUACGCGGAGGCGAUAGAGGGUCCCUACUCCUCUCAGUGGCAGGCAGCUAUGGACGCAGAGAUGGCUUCCUGGAAGUCCACAGGCACCUACGUUGACGAGGUUCCCCCGCCUGGGGCGAACAUCGUCAGUGGCAUGUGGAUUUUCAGGGUGAAGCGGCCGCCGGGUUCUCCGCCUGUCUUCAAGGCGCGUUACGUGGCUCGUGGCUUCAGUCAGCGGCAGGGAGUUGACUACUUUCAGACCUUCUCUCCCACCCCGAAGAUGACCACUCUUCGGGUACUGCUGCACAUAGCUGCUCACCGCGACUACGAGCUGCACUCUCUUGACUUCAGCACUGCUUUCUUGCAGGGCAGCCUGCACGAGGAGAUCUGGUUGCGUCGCCCACCUGGCUUCACUGGGUCUUUUCCUCCUGGCACCCAGUGGAGCCUCCGGCGGCCAGUCUACGGUCUCCGCCAGGCACCGCGUGAGUGGCACGACACACUGAGGACUACACUUGCGGCUCUUGGGUUUGCUCCCUCUACUGCCGACCCGUCGCUGUUUCUGCGCACCGACACUUCUUUGCCGCCGUUCUACAUCCUCGUGUACGUCAACGACUUGGUCUUUGCCACAGCUGACACUGCUGGACUCGCCCACGUGAAGUCCGAGCUGCAGAAGAGACACACGUGCACAGACCUGGGUGAACUGCGCAGCUACCUUGGCUUGCAGAUCACCCGGGACAGAGCACGCCGCACCAUUACCUUGACUCAGUCACACAUGGUGCAGCAGGUCCUUCAGCGCUUCGGCUUCACGUACUCCUCGCCUCAGGCCACUCCUCUGCCUACUCGCCACUCGCUCUCAGCUCUGCCUUCGGAUGAGUCCGUAGAGUCGAGUGGCCCGUACCCAGAGCUUGUUGGCUGCCUCAUACCGGAGCACAUGGCUGCAGCGAAGAGGGUGUUGCGCUACUUGUGCAGUACGUCGGGCAUGGGGCUUGUGCUUGGAGGGCAGAGUCCAGUGGUCCUCACUGGGCACGCAGACGCUUCUUGGGCUGACGACCAGGCUACGCAGCGGUCGUCACAGGGUUACACCUUCAGCCUUGUGCCUACCUUGCCUCACUUGCUCACCCCUUGA